UAUUUAAUUCCCUCCUUUGCUGCCUUCCCUUCCAUCCAUCUCCUUCCACAAAGAUGGCCAUUCCGAGAGCCAUAGUAGCAGUUGCAGUCAUGGCAGCCAUCGCUGGGCUUGCAAACGCCACGAACUUCGACGUCAGCUGGGAUCUCAGCACGAACUACACACAGUGGGUCUCCGACAAGACUAUUCGCGCCAGCGACACCUUAACGUUCAGCUACACGUCGAGCCACGACGUGGUAGAGGUCACGAGCUCCGCCUACGCCACCUGCAACGCGACCAGCCCGGUUUCAAAGAGCGCCACGGGCAACACCCUCGUCGCUCUAGGCGCCCCCGGAAAGCGGUACUUCAUUUGUGGGAUCGCCGGCCACUGCAGCAGGGGCAUGAAGAUCGAGAUCGACGUGGUAACCGCGAGCUCACCGCCUCCCGGAGCCUCUCCCUCGCCCAGCGUCUCUCCGGCUGCUCCGACACCGCCGGCUUCGUCCCCGCCCGCCCCUAGCACCGCGCCACCCAGCAGGACUCGCACGACGGCGAAGGUUGCUCUGGGAGUCGUGCUGAUGGUCUUGGCCCUCUGAUCACAGUUACUUUCUUUGAUUAAUUUCCUCUUGGAUAUUACUCUACAACUCGAUCAUGCUUUCAUUCCCGAGGCAUUACAUUGGGUAUUUGUGUUUCUUGCAAUCCCAGAGAAAUAAAGAAGCUUAUUUUCCCUUCAUUUUUA